UUCCACUAGUCUGUUCUGUGGUGGCUGUCAAAAAAUUGAUUUGAAAUGUCAAACAUAACCUAACUUGCUAUACUGUUAAAGUGAAUUUAAAUUGUUAUUUUUUAAUAAAAUUUUGCUAAGAUUACUUAAAGGCAUCGAGUUUUUUUUCAGAAAGACGUUUAGACCUGUGAAUAUUAUGUGAGUGCAAUUUUACAUUAUAGUUAUAGCCAAGCCAGGACUACUACAGAAUAUACUUUUUAGAAAAGCAAUUUAUUUAUUGUCUAUCAUAUAAAUGAGUCAUUUCAUCAACCUAUAGUUAUAUGCUAACCAUAAAAAUGCUUCCAGGGAUUGGCGUAUUUGGUACAAGCAAUGUUGUGAAAGUUGUGGUUCCUUUUUUGAGGGAAAAAGGAUUCAAAGUUGAAGCUAUUUGGGGCCGAGCCCUCAAAGAGGCUGAAGAAGUUGCUAAAGAAUUAGAUAUACCAUUUUCUACCAAUAAGAUUGAUGAUGUGCUCUUGCGAAAAGAUGUAGACUUGAUAUUCAUCAUAUGUUCGCCUAACUUACAUGCACAAAUUUCAGUGAAGGCUUUAGGAAUUGGGAAGCAUGUCUUGUGUGAUAAACCUGCAGGCUUAUGUCAAAGUGAAGCCUUAAAAAUGGUACGUGCCUCGCAGUAUUAUCCUUCAUUGAUUUCAAUUGUCAAUCAUAGUCUUCGGUUUCUACCUGCCUUUACACAAAUGAGAAAAGCUAUUCUUGAUGGAUUUUUGGGGAGUGAAGACGAUAUUACAAUUUGUGAUGUACGAGUUCAAAUGGGAAGUCUGCUGCAUGACCACUACGACUGGCUUUGUGAUGACACUAUGGGCGGCGGAGUGUUGACAUUGGUUGGUAGUCAUGUUAUUGAUCUUGUAUCUCAUCUGCUGUCUCAGAGAGCAAUCCGGGUACACGGUGUGGUCAGAACAUUCACUAAAACGACCAAAGAAAUAAACGGGAUCAGACGCAUAUCAAGUCCAGACUUCUGUUCAUUCCAAAUGGAAAUGAGUGGUGGAGCAUUGGUAACUGUUACCCUGAACAAUCAUCUUCCAGGUAUUUUUAAUCAAGAGGUGAUAGUUUGUGGUAAAGGGGGACAUUUGGUUGUUAAGGGAGGAGAUUUGUACAGUUAUAAAUCAGGUUCGGCAAAAGAGGAAGUUAUGUAUCUUGAUGUUGAAGACAUGCAGAAGUAUGGAAACAUCUACAGAGCAAUAAAUCCUAUAGCAGCCAAUGUGAUCCCAAAACCCUACAUGAAAGGAUUGUUCAAAAUGAUGGGCGCUCUUAGAGAGGCAUUUCUGCCAGUGGAGGACAAACGCGGAUGGGUGAAGGAGCCUGUUGCGUCGGCCGCAACAUUCGAAGAUGGACUCUACGUGCAAGCCGUCAUAGAUGCUCUGCGCAAAUCAAGUGCGAACCGCGAGUGGGUCAAAAUUACUAUAAUCACUGAAGAGCCCGACCCUAAUCCUCUGCUGAGUGCCGCAGUGCGGAGGAGUGGCAUUUCUUUGUAAUCAACUGUUUUCAUUCAUUUAUCAGUAGCCCCACAGUAUUAUCAUUUCGCACAAAAUAUUAACUUAUUAUUUCAUGAUAUUAUUGACUUUUUAUAUUUAGAUUACACUAUUACAAACAUUGUAAUAAUAAUAAUAAUAUAUGUAACUUACCUACAUUAUCUAGGAAAUAUUCAAUUUAUUUGAUAUUCAAGUUAUUUUUCAUUAAUGAUUAAUUGUUUUUAUGUUAUUAAACUAUUUAUAUUUGGAUUUUA